AAGGUGUAUCUUAAGAGGCGGUGCUUGAUUGGUGUGAAUCGUCAGCCGUGUGCCGGCAGGGACAGAGUCUCCUGCCGCGACUGAAGAUGCUGCUAACUUUCUGCUCGCUGUUCUUCCCCUUGGUGGCUUCCAUCCAUCCAGAAUGCAGAAUAUUCCAACAGCUUAUGAAAGAUGAGAGUCGAUGCUUGGUGGAAAACGAAACUCUCUUACCAGAUUUUAAAGGAUGUUCAGGCGUUUGGGAUGGACUAAGUUGCUGGCCCAAAGCUACCUUUGGAGAGACGGUGACGCUCGCCUGCCCAGGAUUUUUUGAAGAAAUCACCAGCACACAUGGGUUCCUGCACAGAAAUUGCACUCCAGGCCUUUACUGGUCGGAGCCAUUCCCCCCAUAUCCAGUCGCCUGCGGGUUUGAAGAGAGUUUUACAAAGGGGCCAGAAGAUCAGAAAUCAUACUAUUCAACAUUCUGGCACAUCUACACCGCAGGCUAUGCAACUUCCCUGGCUUCGCUCAUUACAGCUCUGCUCAUCUUCACCUUCUUCCGGAAAUUCCACUGCACACGGAAUUAUAUCCACAUGCAUCUGUUUGUCUCCUUUGUCCUGAGGGCAGCUGCCGUUUUCACAAAAGACACCAUUUUGUUCUCCGAUGACAGCAUGGACCACUGCCUGAUGUCAACGGUGGCAUGCAAGUCUGCUGUGGCUUUCUUCCAGUUCAGCAUCCUAGCCAACUUCUUCUGGUUGCUGGUCGAGGGCAUGUAUCUGCAAACCCUACUGAUGCUGACCUUUGUGUCGGACAAACAGUACGCAUGGAGUUUCAUCCUGAUUGGCUGGGGAGCACCAGUGAUCAUAACAUUGGUCUGGAUCUUGAGCAGGAUUUACAGACAGAAUACUGGAUGCUGGGAUGAUGAUGAGGAGAGCUUUGCAGUCCUCUGGAUCAUCAAAGGACCCAUCCUUUUAACCGUCAUAAUGAACUUUGCUAUCUUUCUCAACGUCAUCCGGAUUUUGGUGCAGAAAUUGAAAUCUUCAAAGACUGAAGGAAGGCAUACAAGGCAUUUUGUGAGACUAGCAAAAUCGACGUUGCUGCUCAUCCCUCUCUUUGGGGCUCACUACAUCAUCUUUGCCUUCUUUCCAGAGAGCAUUGGGAUGGUCGCCAGGCUGUACAUUGAGCUAGGCUUGGGUUCCUUUCAGGGCUUUGUUGUCGCUCUCCUGUACUGUUUCUUAAACGGAGAGGUCCAGGCAGAGUUCAAGAAAUGCCUCCGGAAGUGGCACUACCGACAUUACCUCAGCUUUGCCUGGGUGCAUCGGAGCCUCUCCAGAGAUAACAGCCCUGUUAAUUACGUCACACAGUUAUCUAUGCUGGACAGAAUCAGUCCCAAGAGGGGCGCCUGUCAGAAUGGCCUGUCCUCUGUCUGAAGAUGUUCCUCGCUUUCAUGACUUCCAGGGUUUUGGGUGGGGGGAGAUAUCCAGCCCUCUUGUUCCAGCAGAAGUGGCAGCUGUAUCAGAAGACUUUCACCCUACAAGUGCCCUAUGGGACCUACAAGCUUUCAGACAGAAAUUGCUAAGUCAGGGUCAGGUUGGUUGGCUGUAAUGAUGUGGGUACCUCAGACCACCCAUCGUUUGCAGGAGGGUAUGUGCAAUUAAAGUAUAUUGAAGGGCUCUCUGUUGUCCGAGUACAACAAAGCCACUGAAAUAAAAAUAAAAAUGGAUGUUUUGCAGUUAGGAAAGUGACAGGGAACUCCAUGACUAAUUCAUGGGAAUGUGGAGGGAUUAGGGGGUUGUGGGUGAAGAUGAAAACAGGGGCCUACAAGUACCUGCAGAAUAAGAGAAGAUGUUUUCAUAAUUCUCCAGAAGGUGAAAAGGGUGCUUAGCAGCAAUGUGUAAGAGGAGGAAGGGGUAGGAGAUUCCCAAAGGGGUGGUCUGUGUGCAAGGAAGCUUCCACAAAAGGAUGAGGCUGGAUUUGAGGUUGGAGGUGAAGACAGGGGUGAAGUGGGGCUACAGAGUAGAAAAGAGAAGUGGCUCCAGAAAUCCUGUUAGGGAGGUGAAAAGCAAGCUUCAUUGUUUCCACAGGAUGGGAAGGGGAAG